UCAUCCACGUGUGACCUUCCUUGUCCAAUAUCCACUCCCCAACACUUCCUCCGCCCACCUGUCACUCUUUUCCUACAUUCCAAAUAAAUUUAGCCCCGAAAACACGCUCUCUUCUAUAUAAACCCCACCUGAAAUCCCUUCCUUAUCGUAAACUCAAGCUCCAUUUUUCCCUUCCUUUCUUCCAUGGAAUCCCAAAAUCUCAAACAACGUUUCAGGGAUGACCCUGGCAUUACCAACACCACCAUCUCCAACGAGAAAGCCUACAACAACGAAAUAAAUAGAGCAAGCAGGCGAGAAGAGAGAAUGGCUAUGGCCAAACGUGGCCUAAGAUCGCUAGCUAUAGCAGUUUCGUUCCCUCUGUUUCUCACCUUAUUAAACAUCUACUUGUUUGGUUCAGGUCAUAGUUAUGGCGCUCUAGCAAAACCCUUCUGGUUCCCCCCUUUGUGGCUUAUACAUAUAACUUGCCUGGCUUCGAGCUUCGUAAUGGGUCUUUCAGCUUGGCUUGUUUGGGCUGAAGGCGGGUUCCACUUGAGGCCAACUGCGUUAUCUCUUUAUUUGGCUCAGCUAGGAUUGAGCUUGGCUUGGCUUCCGAUUGUGUUUUGGAUGGGAGCCAGUUGGGUCGGGUUGGUUGUGCUCUUGGCGGUGUUUGGGGCUCUGGUUGGGUGUUCAAGGGAUUUCAGAGAGGUGAAUCCCAUAGCUGGUGACUUGGUUAAGCCUUGUUUGGCAUGGGCUGCGUUUUUGGCCAUUUUAAAUCUAAAGCUUGUUUUCCUUUGAAGCAUAUCACGAUCUUAUGUUGUUACCUAGUAAUGUUAUUUUACACACUGCAAAAAAAAAAAAGGAUUUGAUUUUGUCUUUCCCUUCUUAUCAUCAUCAGAGAGUUUUAGUC